AUGGUGCCUUGCGACGAGCGCGACGACAGUGCGGCAGCUGAGCGCGUGUAUCGCCCCUUGCUGUUCCAGUCCACAGGUUAUGCGUCUUCCGAGCUAUUCCACGACACGUACGAAAUGCACUCGCGUUUGCCGAUGGCAUCAUCUUCGAGUGCGCCUCUAUUAGGGGCAGGAGCUACUGCUACCGACUCGGGCAAGAAUCAGAUUGAGCGACAUGUGUGUGAACCACAAAUUCGACUCGAGACUUUAUCUUCACGAGCUGCGACUGCUGUCAUCUGGAUCACCUACGUCGUUUUUCUUUUUGCAAUGGUGUUGCCCUAUCUCCAGAGCAAGGGGUACCUCGAGUCGGUGAUUGAAUUACCAGGUGCAAUCUGCCCUACUCAAGAGAAGAACAGCAUACCAUGUAUUGACGUGAACAAACCAGACAAUCUAGCUGUAUGGUCUGCUUAUGUGACCAACGUGUCACGAUAUACUGGCUCUAUUCAAAUUAAGCUACAAGUUCGAGAGCACGUGAACUCGUCAAGGCUUGGAGUGUUGAUGCCGUCUUUGACGUAUAGUGAUACGUUUCGAGACGAAAACCGCGUCGAGUCUGUCUGGAAUGACUACCAGUAUUCAAAAAGAAUGGUCGUCAGUGUUGAAAACGAGACAGAGAGAAUGGCGGGAGUCGAGGAGGUAGAAAUUGACCGAAGUGUUGGCUACGUCUUGUCGUACGAUGCAAAGCUGUACGGUAUUGAUGAAGGCAUGAAUCCAGUUUGGAAGGAUCUUGUUGUCGAGGAACGCAAUCAGACUAUAUGGGUGACGUGUCAGACAGGUGGGCCAUGUGAACUUGCACAGUUGCUGGAGAUCACGCGGGACGUUGACCAAUCGAGUGGAAAUGAGUACGAUGCGUACUAUGCUGCUGUGACUUUUAAAGGGCUGUACCCAAACGAAUUCGGCAAUGACGUGGUCUAUCAGUUUGCGUAUACAAAGCCUGUCGUUCACGUCGGCGAAGUCGUUAUUCGCGUAGUGCUAGUGUUGGCAUCUAUUUUAGCGCUUCCGUGCUGGUUCAUAUCGGUGCUGAAUUUUCACGGCGGUUCUUGGCGUCAAGUGCUUGGCGUACAGAAGUGGUUGCUUGGUGUCGGCAUUGCGCUCGUGCUUUGGCAAAACCCAGUCUAUGCAGUUUCCCAGCUAUAUUCUACUGUGAGUUCGCGAACUCGGUUCGUGUCGAUCACGUGCCAGUCAUUCGCAGAGGCAUUAUUCUAUGUGUUCUGGUUGGGCCUCAUGGACCAGCACAGCGGAGAUUAUACUAUACAAAGAAGCUCCUGUGUGUCAAAGUUCAUCUUUGGCUUGACACUUUUUGCAGUGGACACGUGUAUGACGGUGCUACGAAUGCCCAAGCUGUUUUUCAGGGUGGGAAUUAUGUCUGCGUUUGACGUUCGUCACGAAGGAUUUAAUGUGCUCCUUGGCGUUGUUCGUACCGGCUUGGUACUAGCUUGGCUCGCUUGGAUUAUGGCGGCUGGUUUACGAUCUGGUCGACGUCUGAAGACAUUGCCGUAUAUGGCAACCCGCUUCAAGCAAUUGUCGUAUCGAUUUCUAGUACUCGAGACGCUGUUACUUUUUGUAUUCGCGUUUACAUUCACGGCACUGCAAGUGUUUUACCUGGCCCAAACGUGGUAUUUCAUCGGUUUCGAUGCAUUCGUUCAGGACGCAACACACACGCUGUCCAAAAUGCAUACCGGUCAUCCAUCACUGGGCCAGUUCUUGUUUCUAUCAGUAUAUGUGUACCUCGUCAUGUUCGUGCACUUGCCCCCACCAGCUAAUGGCGGUAUGGGCUUGCUGGCAUCAACAGCUUUCUACGUGAAAGAAAAGCCACGCGUCGACUCUUACGGCUUUCUUACACCUGAUCACGAUUUGUUUUGUGUGGAGACAGCUGAAUGGUUGCUUGAGAUGGCGUAUCAAGCUUACUUCGACCCCCCUGGGUGUCCGUCAUCGUCCGGAUAUGGUGAGCUAACUUUAGAGCGACAUGGCUUUGAACUAAUUACUCACCUGCGUAGUAACUUCACCGACACACACGCUGUCAUUGCGUGGAGUUUGGGGGACCAUCAACGCCUGGUCAUAUCAUUCCGUGGCACCACGAGCAAGGAAAAUUGGAAGAGCAAUCUCCGAGCUGACCAAAAAGUGCUGUGGAUACGAUCUCGAGGGCUGCGCUGGAGGAAGUCUUGUCUUGAGAAAGUGAAGGACGCUGCAGCAAAGAUCCCGUUACUAAAUAUGGCAUUACCUCGUGUGCAUCGAGGAUUCUGGAUUGCAUACGAGUCAAUUCGAGAUGAAUUGAUGGACGUGAUACGGCUCAUUCUUGACGAAAAUCCUGGUGUGUCAGUAUAUGUUACCGGCCACAGUAUGGGUGGUGCUCUUGCGGUUUUAGCUGCCUAUGAUCUUGCGGUGAACUUUAGCAUCAAGGUCAACACGUACAAUUUCGGUGGUCCCCGAGUUGGCAAUCCGAGCUUCCGACAACACUACGAUAGCUUUGUUCCCACGAGCUUUCGUGUGGUUAUGGACGGCGACAUCGUGCCAGGGUGGCCAAAAUUUUGGGGACUCUAUCAGCAUGUGGGAACAGAAGUAUCGCUUGACGUGGCGGGCAACCUUAUUGUUGACCCAAGUUUCGUUGAGCGCCACCUCCACAGCUCCUCGAGGCGCAAGACGACAAUGCAUGGCACGAACGUGUACCGGCAGUCAAUCGCCAAGUGCUAUGAAAACCUAGCAACGCCGUAA